AUGGCCGAGGGGAGCGCCGUGUGCGACCCUCAGCACGCCGCGCGCCUGCUGCGAGCCCUCAGCUCUUUCCGCGAGGAGUCCCGCUUUUGCGACGCGCACCUGGUCCUCGACGGGGAGGAGAUCCCGGUGCAGAAGAACAUCCUGGCGGCGGCCAGCCCGUACAUCAGGACAAAGUUAAACUAUAAUCCUCCAAAAGAUGAUGGAUCAACCUAUAAGAUUGAACUUGAAGGGAUAUCGGUAAUGGUUAUGAGAGAGAUCCUGGAUUACAUCUUCAGUGGUCAGAUCCGGCUAAAUGAAGAUACCAUCCAAGAUGUUGUACAGGCAGCAGACCUGCUCCUGCUGACGGAUCUUAAAACUCUGUGCUGCGAGUUUUUAGAAGGCUGCAUUGCUGCUGAGAACUGUAUUGGGAUCCGUGACUUUGCACUUCACUACUGCCUGCACCAUGUGCAUUACCUUGCCACGGAAUACCUGGAGACUCACUUUCGUGAUGUCAGCAGCACAGAAGAAUUCCUAGAACUGAGUCCUCAGAAGCUUAAAGAAGUGAUUUCUCUUGAGAAGUUAAACGUUGGCAAUGAAAGAUACGUAUUUGAGGCAGUAAUUCGAUGGAUAGCACAUGAUUCAGAAAUGAGAAAGGUCCACAUGAAGGACGUUAUGUCAGCACUGUGGGUUUCAGGAUUAGACUCCAGCUACUUACGGGAACAAAUGCUAAAUGAACCAUUAGUACGAGAAAUUGUCAAAGAGUGCAGCAAUAUACCACUGAGCCAGCCACAGCAAGGAGAGGCAAUGCUGGCCAAUUUCAAACCCCGGGGCUACUCAGAGUGCAUCGUGACUGUUGGUGGAGAAGAAAGAGUUUCACGGAAGCCAACAGCAGCAAUGCGCUGCAUGUGCCCUCUUUAUGACCCUAAUAGGCAGCUUUGGAUUGAACUGGCCCCUUUAAGCAUGCCAAGAAUUAACCACGGAGUGCUCUCAGCAGAAGGAUUUUUGUUUGUAUUUGGGGGCCAAGAUGAAAAUAAGCAGACCCUGAGCUCAGGAGAAAAGUAUGAUCCAGAUGCAAAUUCAUGGACUGCAUUGCCACCAAUGAAUGAGGCAAGACAUAACUUUGGAAUUGUGGAGAUAGAUGGAAUGCUGUAUAUUUUAGGAGGAGAAGAUGGUGAAAAAGAGUUAAUUUCCAUGGAGUGUUAUGAUAUUUAUUCUAAAACCUGGACAAAGCAACCUGAUUUGACCAUGGUUAGAAAGAUUGGCUGCUAUGCAGCUAUGAAAAAGAAAAUCUAUGCCAUGGGUGGAGGGUCAUAUGGAAAACUUUUUGAAUCUGUGGAAUGUUAUGACCCAAGGACCCAGCAAUGGACUGCUAUAUGUCCGCUGAAAGAGAGAAGAUUUGGAGCUGUAGCCUGUGGAGUUGCCAUGGAACUGUAUGUAUUUGGGGGAGUCAGAAGUCGCGAGGACAUCCAAGGUAGUGAGAUGGUAACGUGCAAGUCAGAAUUCUACCAUGAUGAGUUUAAAAGGUGGAUCUAUCUUAAUGACCAGAAUUUAUGCAUCCCUGCCAGUUCCUCUUUUGUUUAUGGAGCUGUACCCAUAGGAGCCAGUAUUUAUGUUAUCGGAGAUCUUGACACAGGUACCAAUUAUGACUACGUGCGUGAGUUUAAAAGGAGCACAGGAACCUGGCACCACACUAAACCACUCCUUCCAUCUGACCUCCGCCGCACUGGGUGUGCAGCCUUACGUAUUGCAAAUUGCAAGCUUUUCCGCCUGCAGCUUCAACAAGGCUUAUUCCGUAUCCGUGUUCAUUCACCUUGA